AAGCAGAUUCAGACACGGAAAUCAUACUGUGAAGUUGGAUUCCUGCUUCUGGACGUUUAAUCGCACUUCUCCAAGCUCAAGACGGGCUCCAAUGGUGUUGAAGAUCGAUCUAUGGCGCUUGGGAACUCUGGUUCGACGCUUUCUCUCUCUAGGUAUCGGUUUCUCUCUCAAAAACUCGGAACCCUUCAAUGUUGGCCUUCUUCUCUCUUAAAUCCUCUGCCUGGUCGC